CUACUUUGUCCCUUCACGCUUCCACUACACAAUGAGCACAAAGAAGAGUAGGAAGUGCACUCUGUUAUGGCUAAAGGGAAACCAGAAGAAAAACCAAAACACACAUCUUCAGCUGUAGGGGUGAAGCCGGAAAAGCAAAAAGAACUGAAACAUUGCCAACGAACUAAUAUGUUUUUGCUCGCCGCCAUUAUGGUGGUUGUUGCCGUUUGCGUGGUACCACUAACGGCUGAAAUCUCUGCGCCUGACUUCCAUCAUCUUAAACACGUUGUUCUGAAGAUGGAUGAGGCGCUUUUGAGAGUCAGCAAUGACCUGGAGACAGAGGUCCUGGUGUCCUGGAGGUCAGAGCGCUGCUACCAGUGUUUGUACCAGCAGCUCGGGGUGGUACCGGCAGGGAGCAGCCCUGGCCAGCCCGGUUCAUCUGACUUUGCUGUGAGCACACAGCAUGAAAUAACUCUACAGCUCAACAGCACUGCUGAGGUCAAGGAGCUUUGCAAAAUUCAGUUCCACUUUGGGGAGCAUGGGAACUACUCCCUGUGGAUGGAAAAUCUGAACUUCUCCUUUAAUAACUGCUCCUUAGUGACAACUACAGACCCUGUAAACAGUAAUAUACCGAUCUUGGUUGCUUUUUUUGUCUUUGUGGUACUGGCCUUGAUGUUUGCCGUCGGAAGUAGACUGUUAAGUUUCUUGUCCAGAACUGGUGUUGUGAGGGGUCUCGUCCUCAGAAUCAAUGGGUCCAUGGAGGCAGAGAGGCUAAUUAAUUCGGAACUGGGGUCCCCUCGGAUUGAUGCACUAGUUACUGACAACAUCCUCCCUUCCCCGGCCAGCGCCAGCAGGAGGCUUCGUUCCCUGGACACAUUUAGAGGUAUCUCCUUGGUCAUCAUGGUGUUUGUGAACUAUGGAGGAGGACGAUACUGGUUCUUCAGGCAUUCAAGCUGGAAUGGUCUUACAGUUGCAGAUCUCGUCUUCCCUUGGUUUGUGUUCAUUAUGGGCACAUCCACCGCACUCUCCAUCAACUCUAUGCUGCGUGGGGGCACAAGCCGUUCCUCUCUGCUCAUGAAAGUCUUAUGGAGGAGCACUCAGCUGUUUCUCAUUGGUGUCUUCAUCAUUAACCCAAACUACUGCCUUGGACCACUAUCACUGGACAGCUUAAGGAUCCCCGGUGUGCUGCAGCGCCUCGCCUGGUCAUACUUGGUUGUUGCUGGUUUGGACUUACUGGUGGCGAGAGGACAUUUGGACAUACUGACAAAUGAUGCUUGGUGGUCUCCUGCCCUCGAUAUAUUGCUGUACUGGCCAGCCUGGCUUUGUGUGCUUCUUUUGGAAAUCGUCUGGCUGUGCCUCACUUUCCUUCUUCCGGUACCAGGCUGCCCAACAGGAUACCUUGGUCCAGGGGGGAUUGGGGAUAUGGGCCUCCAUGCCAACUGUACCGGUGGAGCAGCUGCUUACAUUGACCGUUGGCUACUGGGAGAAAAGCAUAUUUAUCAGACGCCUUCAUCAAGGGUGAUUUAUGCAACUCAAAUGCCAUAUGAUCCAGAAGGUGUUUUGGGAAGUAUCAACUCUGUCCUUAUGGCUUUUCUUGGAUUACAGGCUGGGAAGAUACUAUUACACUACAGAGAUGUUCCUACAAAUGUUAUUUCAAGAUUUCUAAUAUGGGGUCUUUUUCUGGGAGCCAUAUCAGCAAUACUGACUGAGUGCUCCACAGACAGAGGUUUCAUUCCCGUUAACAAGAACUUGUGGUCUCUGUCAUAUGUGACAACAUUGGCUUGUUUUGCCUUUGUGUUGCUUGUGCUUGUCUACUACACUAUUGAUGUCAAGAAAUGGUGGUCUGGGGCACCUUUCUACUACCCUGGUAUGAACUCCAUCCUCGUGUAUGUGGGCCACGAAGUGUUUGAAGACUACUUUCCCUUCUCCUGGCACAUGGCUAACAGCCAGUCGCACACCGAGCACCUCGUCCAGAAUGUUGUCGCCACAUCUUUGUGGGUUUUUAUCUCCUACAUCCUUUACAGAAAGAAGAUUUUCUGGAAAAUCUAGAAGGCAAAUCACUAAAUCAGCAGCAGUGCACAACAAUUGCAAACAUUGUUUACAUCUGAAAUACUGGGGAUAAAAUUUAAACCCGUUUUGAAUGUGGGAACAGGUAUACAUUUACUUUAUAGGUUCCAUAAUAAUUACUUUAUAAAAACAUUUGGGUUUCUCCUUUCAAAUAGCACCUCAUCGCUGUUUUCUUCAUCUUGCAUCUUUUGUUAAUGAUCAUUAGACUGCAGGGCAAUACGAUAUUAAGCGGAGGUUCCCUGUUUCACAUUUUGUUAAUGCUGAAGUACCAAGUGUUUUUUCUCUUUAAAUCAGGUUUUCAGACUCUGAAUACCUUUAAUAGGUCAGUGGAGUGGGGCUCUAUAAUAUCAGGUUUUUUUUUCUCAGCUUAGUGGCACAAGACUAGUUAUUGACUUGUGCCACCAUUUUUUUUAAAGGUAUUUGCUUUUUAUUUCCACAAAGAGCAGAUAUUUUCAUAAAGAUGUUUUAGAGCACAUUUAUGAGGACUUAAAUGUAAAACAUGCUGAUUGUCCAAAUGCUGUCACCUUUUGGUAUAAUUGCUUAUCUUGUACUGUCUGAAUUUAUGUCAAAAUUUUAUAUAUGGUAUUUUUAUAUAUUCAUUAUUUGAAAAUUAUUUAAUAAAGCUAAUUCAGAAUUGCUAUUA